AUGGGUUCCGUUAGCUCCUUCGCCAGGAUGAAGCGAGCCUCUCAAUCGAGCAUGUUCCAAAGCUUCUCGAGCUUGUCCAGGACGGUGCAGGGAAAGUCUUUCUGUGCCUUUCUGUAUUCCAUAGCAGCCAUGGCUAGAAGUAUCUGGAAUGUCUGGCCCUUUUCAGCUGGAGCCCAGGAGCUGGCCUCGGACCUGGGAGUUCGUGCAGAGCUUAGCACUUCCGGAAACUGUGGCCGUGGCCCGGCAGCGCCCGGCUCUCGGCUCUUGGCUCUGGCUCAUGGAUCGAGGACUGGGUUCUCUCCGGAAGAGGAUCGCAGGCGCAGGGGGAAGGGACCCGGGACCCUUCACAUCUUCCUCUUUCCUGCAGAGGCUGCUGUCUACAACUUGUUUGGGCAGCACUUGGUGCAGAAUGCAGUGGAAGGCUUGCACGGCUCCGUCAUCGCAUGUGGGCCAUCGAGCACCGGAAAGAGUCACACCAUCUUUGGCGGCCGUCCACAGGAGCAGCAAGGUCUUGUUCCUCGUCUGGCAGAGGGCAUAUUCAGGGUGCUGCGAGCUCGCGGUGAGAAGCACAUCGUUAAGUUUUCGUACCUGGAGCUGUACAACGAGCGCAUUCAAGACCUUCUACGUCCUGGGAAGGCCAAAGCUCCAGCCCUGGAGGUCCGGCAGCAUCCCCGCGUGGGCGUCUUCGUGGGCAAUCUCUCCUGGAGCGUGGUGUCAAGUGUCGCCGAUGUUCUGCGCUUGUUGGACUUCGGUCACAAGAUGCGGGCCGUUGCGAGAACCAACAUGAACGCGGCCUCUUCGCGCUCUCACGCCGUGGCGACUUUCCAGGUGGAGCAGCUCGUGCCAGGACGUGCUUUGGAAGACACGAAGAGGAGGCGGGCACAGCUGCAGACGGUCGAUCUAGCCGGGGCAGCACGCAUGGACCAGAUCGGAGACUCGGAGGUGCGGCAGCGUGAGAGCCGACAGAUCAACACAAGUCUUUUGACACUUGGACUGGUCAUCAAGCGCCUCUCCUCUCAGGAUCAUGUGGGUCAUAUUCCGUGCAGGAACAGCAAGCUCACGCACCUGCUGUCCGACUCCUUGACUGGCAACUGCAGGACCGUCAUGGUGGCCUGCGUCUCUCCGGCUUCGUCGGUUGUGGCCUCGACAGAGUCCGCACUUCGUUUUGCCUCGACGUGUCGACGAGUCUUCACGCAUCCUGCGAGAAACGAGGAAAGCAAGGACGAGAUGGCCACGGCACUCCGCACAGAGCUGGAUGAGCUUGGGAGAGAACUGGGAGAGAACCAAACUGCGGAAGGGAGGCGUGAGCUGGCGGAGCGCUUCGCGACGGCACAGCUGCUCGUGGACCAGUACACACAAAGUUGGGAAGAACAGGAGGCCAGCUCGAAGGCACUCGACUUUGAGCGACGCCAGCUCCUUUCCAGCCUGGGCCUCGCCUUGAAAGGACCAGGAGCGAAGGCCUCUGCAAAGCCAAAGCAGCGCCCGACGACACACAGAGGCGUGCAGACACCUCUGUCAAGGCAGUCGACAGGUGGGAUGACGCUCGAGGAGCCUUGCCUGAUCAAUGUGUGCGAUGAUCCACUGCUAUCAGGCUGCUUGCGAUACAUGCUCCCUGCGAAUCAGACGGUUAGCAUUGGCAGUAGCACGUCGUGCCAAGUGCGACUGGACGGACUUGGUAUUCGGGAGGCGAUGUGUCAAGUUUCGUGGCAGCCCGGGUGUGAUGUGGAGGUUCAGGUCAACGGAGACGAUUUUGCCACAUUCGAGAGGCAGGGGUCCCUCUACAAGGGCGGAGCUCCAAAGGUCUCCAUCAACAACCGGCGAGUCAAAGACGCUGCGACUCUUCAGCCUGGGGACGUCUUGCAGGUUGGACAUGGACAUGUGUUCCGCCUUUACGGCCCAGCGACAAGGCAGAACCGCCCACUCCGCAGGUCAAACAGCAAAACAGGCCUGCGACCAAAGAGGCCGCCCGGAGUGCCGGAGUCCCUGGUCGAGGACCUGGAGGCGGAGCUCGGAGUCGAGCGCGCCUCGGCCGUCGUGGCCUUCCUCCAGGAGCUCCAGCCGCGGUUGGAGGAGGCCACGGAUUUGACGCAGGAGCUUCGGGGCAAGCGCCUGGUCUUUCAGGCAGAAGUUCUACGCGAUGGACUUGAAGAAUCUGCUCACUCAAGCAGGCCUGACCCAGAGGUUGUCAUCGCUUUGCGUGAAGGCGUCGACACGUCCGAGAAGGGUCCGACAGGCGACGUGGAUGGAGCUCUCUUGUCGGUCUGGUCUGUCGAGAAGUUCCAUCAAAGGCUCGAGGCCUUGAGAUAA